AUGAACAAAGAUGACUUCGCGGACUUGCUGGACAGAUCCUGGCAAGGCUUCCGCCAAGAGCUCUUGGACAGCUACCCCAUCUAUUCAGGGGUGGAUUCGCCCUCCUUUCCAAGGCAUCUUACGACUGCAGCAUCCUACUAUUCGGCCUCCAACCCGGGAAGUCCGGCGAGCAUCAACGGGAUUUCCUUCCCGGCGAGCCUUGCGCAUGCAGGACCAGUGAGCAGCCUGAGAUCGUCGGAGGAGGCAGGUGAAGGUGAGACCUCUGACCAGGUCCAGCGAUACCAUGGUGAUUCGGCUGCACUCCUGGGGUUUGGCCUCAAGGAUUUAAGCCCCACAGAGGUGACGAAGGUGAAGAACAGGCUCCGCUUACGUUUGGGUGCCACUUCUUCGAACAAGCUGGUGUCUGGCAAGUCGCUUUACGAUGCAGUGGUCUCCCUCGGCUUGACGAUGUAUCUGGAAGAAGACAUGAACGACUUAGUGAAUCAUCUCGCCGAUUUCAUUGGUCUCUACUUCGAGCCGGAAGAAGGCAAAGUGAGGCGGCCAAGCCAGUCCUUGAACUCUCUCGCCAUGUUCAGAACCGUCGAAGAUCCCCGCAACUUUGGCAAGCCCAAGUGGAAAUGGCCGGGCGGACAGAGUUUGGGACCGCAGCUCGCCCGCAGCGUGACCAAGAACAUCCCCUUCAAAGACGGACGUGCAGCUCGAAACUUCAACGUCGCAGAUGUCCACAAGCGGAUAUUUGGACCCGCGCUCAUGAACCAGUUCCAGGCCAUGCGCGAGAUCCUGCUUGCUGGCGAUACAAACAGGCUUGUCGCCGAGUUAACUUUCGUGCGGAUCAACGACCUCGCAGUGCCGCCCGAGCCUUUACAUCCCCUGAUGUACAUCGAGCCUUUUGUGGCCAUACUGAUUGUGUUGAAUGGCAUCAUGAUUGGCUUCCAAACUGAUCCGGGUUAUGAGGACUGGUCCGGGUGGAGAUAUGUGGAUUUGGCCUUUCAGAGCUUUUUGCUGUUGGAGAUUUUGCUUCGCAUGCAUCUUCAAAGGUGUCGGAAGUAUUGGUGGGGCCCGGAGAGUUACUGGAAUUGGUUCGAUCUCUUUCUCUUCGGGAGUGGCCUGGCAGAUGUGAUUCUGCAGUUUGCCGGCGAUCAGCAGUCAGACAUAGCGGCCACUUCCCUCCUAAGAUUUUGCCGCCUGAUUCGCUUAGUUCGCAUUGUCAAGGUGUUUCGCAUCAAGUUUAUGCGAGACCUGCGUUUGAUGGUGAAGGGCCUCAUAGCCGGUGUCAGAACGCUGGCGCUGGCUUUCGUGCUCCUCUUUGCGGUUUUGUAUGUCAUCUCGGGCUUUGCCGCCAUGACAAUCGGCAGCAGUCAGGAGGCAGCUGACAUUGGGCUCAAGGGCUUCUUCAACAACAUCCCGGCUGCUAUGUUCACUGCUUUCAGAUGCUACACAGGCGAGUGCACAACCAAUGACGGAUCCCCAAUCCAUUCGCUGUUGGCAGAGGUGUUUGGCCUGCCAUUUAUAGCAGCAUAUGUUGCUAGCUACAUGCUGGUGGCGAUGGGCAUCUUCAACCUAAUUCUGGCCGUGUACGUCGACAUCACAAUGAAAGCAGCGAAGGAGAACGAUGCGUUUACAGCAGAGCAGUACUCCCGGGAGUCCAUCCGAGUUGCCCGCACAACACGCGAGCUCUUGAAAAAGUUCUCAUCCGCUUAUCAGAUCUUCAACGACAUGGACGCCGACAUGAAGCAUUCAAGCUCCAUGGCCACUGCACGAUUGGACUUGAAGAGGUCAAGCCUUUGUUUCACCGAGGAGGGUAUGGAAGAGAUUGCCAUCACGAAGGAGCUGUUCCUGCUGAUCAUUCAAGACCGCGGCGUGCAGAAGCUGAUGGAUGACCUGGAUCUACCGCCAGACCGCGCAAAUCUGUUCGAGAUUAUUGAUGCUGAUGGAAGCGGCACUCUUCAAAUCACCGAACUCCUGCACGGCCUGUUAAAGAUCCGAGGUGAGAUCAACAAAAGUGAUGCCGUGGCCACACUCUUGGCGACCCGUUGUGUGCAGCAGGAAGUCUGCAAGCUCAAGGAGGAAAACAACUGCAAGUUGGAUGCCAUGCGAUCCGACCUGCUGGAGGAGCUGGCCAAAAUCCGGAAGAGAUGCCAGAGCCAUGUGAGCCCUGCCCGGCCACGGGCAAGUAGCACGCCGGUGCAUGCGGAGCCCUUGCCCCAAAAGUCGGCACUUCCGGCUAUUCUGGAGCUCAAGCCGCCUUGCAGGCCAUAUGUGUGUGAGGAGGAUGCGCCCGUUCCCUGGCCAUCUCCGAGGUGUUGA